AUGGAAACCCUACAGAAAAUGGCAGGAGGAAACCAUUCCACCGUAACUGUGUUUAUUCUGGCGGGACUCACACAGAAACCAGAGCUCCAGUUACCCCUCUUCCUCUUCUUCUUAGCAAUCUACGUGGUCACCAUGGUCGGCAACCUGGGCAUGAUCACAUUAAUCGGGCUCAGCUCUCACCUGCACACUCCCAUGUACUAUUUCCUCAGUAGUCUGUCUCUCAUUGAUUUUUGUCAUUCAACUGUCAUUACACCCAAAAUGCUGGUCAACUUCGUGGCAGAGAAAAACAUCAUCUCCUAUCCUGAAUGCAUGAUCCAGCUCUAUUUCUUCCUGCUUUUUGUUAUAGCAGAAUGUCACAUGUUGGCUGCAAUGUCAUAUGAUCGCUAUGUUGCUAUAUGUAAUCCAUUGCUCUACAAAGUUACCAUGUCUUAUAAGCUCUGCUCCUGGUUAGUAGUUGGGGUGUACAUCAUAGGCCUGAUUGGUGCCACAGUUCACACAGUCUGUAUGCUGGAAGUGGUCUUUUGUAAGGCUGAUACAAUUAAUCAUUACUUCUGUGAUCUUUUUCCACUAUUGGAGCUUUCUUGCUCUAGUACUUAUGUCAAUGAGGUAGUAGUUUUGUGCUUCAGUGCAUUUAACAUCCUUGUACCCACCAUGGCCAUCCUUAGCUCUUACACCUUCAUUGUUGUCAGUAUCCUUGGUAUUCGUUCAGCGAAGGGCAGAUCUAAAGCCUUCAGCACCUGCAGCUCCCACAUCUCAGCUGUUGGUCUCUUCUUCGGUUCUACAGCAUUUAUGUACCUACAACCAUCAUCUGUCAGCUCCAUGGAACAAGGAAAAGUGUCUUCUGUAUUUUAUACAAUUAUUGUGCCCAUGCUGAACCCUCUAAUAUACAGCCUGAGGAAUAAAGAUGUCAAAUUGGCAUUGAAAAAAAUUCUGAUCAGAAAACCGUGUUUGUGA